AUGGUAUCAGUUGCUUCAUUUAUUGUGAAAGUCGACAGGAACAAGAAGGUAAGUGUCAUGAAUCGUAUAAUAUCCUUUUGGAAGCGUCCAGAGAAAAUAUUGUCCGUAGUGAGUUGUUGGUAUGAUAUUAUUUAGUCGGUGAUAACACUUGUUAGAGGUCACUCGCUCGCAGCUUCAGGGGGUCAGCGUAAUGUUUUCCCCCUUUACCGGCGAAGGUACGUGAAGUUGACGAAAUUUCCGCGAGCAAUUUACGAUUGAUAGCACAUUCCAAAAAUUUGAGUUGGUUAUUUAGUUUGCGAAGGGUUUCAAAGUAAACGUUACUGAAUGAUAGAAUUUAGCCUUUUUCAUCCUGAGUUAUUCGAAAUUAAUUAAAGUGCGGUUUAUAUUUUUGAGUGUAAAUUGGCUGUAAAUCGCACAUUAACAGAAACAAAAAUUGCUGUCAUGUCGCCCAGUAUUAAUUUCCACAGUCGGCGGACUCGGUAUGCUCAAAAUCGAGCUCUAUUUAAAAAACACACUCUAUCAUCAUAAGCCGAGCCAUCCAAGACGAGGCAGACGCAAUGGUGACGUUCGUUUAAGUUGUUUUACAUUUAACCAGAUUUAACCAUCACCCACCUCACUCUCCCUUUCCACAACCACCAUGCUUCAAUUGCAAGAUAAGGUUCAAAUUGCUAUAGGUGGGCGUGAGAGCUCAGCGCUAUGCAAGCACAAACACCCCGUUUACGCAUGCUUCACAUACUCCGACUCUUAAAUCGACGUGUAGCGGGCUCCAUCCAGUGUUAUCAAGGAAAACAUGCAAGUGCUCGUCAUUAAGGCCGGAGUACAAAGGAACAAUAGAAGCCUGAUUCCUAGUCUUCAGUAGGUCCGGUGUGCUGCAUACUAUGCCACGACUUUGAUUUCUUCUAGUGGUUAAAAAACGCGUCUAGUUUCCUGUAGACUGCAUUCUGGGCUCUGGGUCGAUCGCGCAGUCCUCCCCCCCUCUCCUCUCCCAGUAGCGCGUUUGGAUGAACUUGACAGGCGAUGAGGCUGAGAGAAGUUACCGAGGUGACGUAAAGUUGCUGUGUCGGAAAGAUCUCACAUCGCACAAAGGUGAAGGCGUUAAAAUGGCUACAUUGCCUGGGAGCUAUUGCAGGCUGAUCCUCCUGCUAGAGGAAAACCGAAUUAUCCCGUCGAUUGGCAGUCCUCCAAAGUGUUGCUCUUUUGCUCGUUGAGAUAGAUUCAAGUGCGCUGAUUUGUCGCCAGGCAGGAUUCACCGGCAUUGACACCACUCUCUCGCUCCAUCUCCCCAUCUUCCCUCUCCAGUGCACCGGCCGGCUGUCACAGACUGUCAGCUGGCUGGCCAUGGGGUGGACGUGCUGGCUGACGUGUUGCAGUGCCUCCACCCUUCGUGCUGCCCCCACGUGCCCAGGAGCAUGCAUAACAGUUCAGCUGACAUUAUCAACGUUGGCUGUCAGCAUUGCGCGGGGCUGACAUGUGAUUGACAGAUGACCUCAUCACGCGCGUCCGCGACCAGAUGGGGUUGAUGAGGUGAACGGGCACGCGGGAAGGAUGCUGGCUGAAGUGACAGGUGAUAUUUUGGCGACUGCUGGUGUGCUUGCGCACGGGACAAAGUAGGCCAAUAUGGUGUCUGAAAGUGGAGGUUUAUUAGAACUAAAGAAGGCCUCAGUGACGGGUGUUGGCGGGGGCUUCGGAAACUAUUUCCUCAGUCACGCUGCGAUGGAUUCGAGGGUGAACAAUCAAGCUGAUUUUAUUUUGUAGUGCGCGGUCGCUAAGUGGAAACGUUGGCACUCUGUUUACAUUCAUGAUGGGGAUGGGUGUCCUUUGAGUCCUAAUAGCGGUCGCGUUGUGUCGGGUACAAAGGCGUCUGAUCGGCGUAAACUGGGACUGUUGCACGACGAUCCAUCAAGCACAGCCUACAGCAAUGUCUACAAUGGCGAUGAUGAUGAUGAUGAUGAUGAUGAUGAUGAUGAUGAUGAUGAUGAUGAUGAUGAUGAUGAUGAUGAUGAUGAUGAUGAUGAUGAUGAUGAUGAUGAUGAUGAUGAUGAUGAUGAUGAUGAUGAUGAUGAUGAUGAUGAUGAUGAUGAUGAUGAUGCCUUCUUGUGUAUGGGAUGCGUUUGCAGGGAUGACAUGAGUCCGUAG